GGCGUGCCUCCUGAGGCGCAGAGGGGGCAGAGAAUUUACGAAGUAGCACGGAAGGGUUGCUACGUCAUCAACCACGUGGCUCAAGCACGGGUGCGUUGCAUCCUGUUCGUGACGUCAUCCCGCAUUAUCACUUCGUAUUAUCUUGCUAUUGUUAUGUCAGACACAUGUUUCAUCCUUUUUGUGUAGUAAUCCGGUUUCAUGUACACGUUUAUCGAUUGACAUAGAACUUCCCGCUGCUUUGAUGUCAUACUAAAUCCGCGGUCUGAUUGCAACUUGUUAGAAUUUCUAGCGCAUUCUUUUUAGUUCAGCAACGACCGCUAGAGGGCAGUAGUCGUAUCCAUAGCGCUUUCUGAUUGGUUCUCCUGGAUCCUGACCAAGGCUUAUAUAGAGAGACGCUGGACCCUAUCAUAUCAUUUCCGCCUGUGUUGCAUGUUUCGUUCCUGCUUUCGCUCUUCCUGUUUGAAUCAAGACGUGUUAUUCGAGAUGGAUUUGGAACAACAGUUUGAGAACGAGCCUCUCAACAUGGAUGUGCCGAAGAUUUCAGAUUCUGAACAAUACCAUGAAAAGCCCAAAGAAACACCCAUCUCGCAGAACGCUAAUGGCAAACGAAAAAUAGACGAAGAAAAUACAUAUAAGAAGAAACGCAACGGACGCUUUACUGAAGGCACAAUCCCAGAGGAGCUGACACAUAUUGGCAACAAUGUCUUUGUGGGACCUACCUCUUUUCAACGGAAAGAUCAAGUGCACACAUCAGGCAAUACAGCAAACGUCACUAGAACAGCUGAUCCAAGAACACGGAGAGAUUUGAAGUAUCCUAAACUUAUAGACUGUGAAGAGCUCGCUAUUUAUAAAACAGAAACUAUCAACUCCAUGGCUCUGAAAUUAAACUCUAUCGACAUAGCCAGGCAAUUUUAUGGAAAUGUAUGGACUGAAGAGCCUUAUUUUACUUCUGAUUAA